AUGUGCGUGGCUUAUCAAGAGCUUCUUGAAGCAUACAUGCAAAGCUCGUACGUUAAAAACACGAGUUUGAGUAAAAUUGAUCCAUUCAAUAUCGAAAAGCAUUUACUACUCGAACAAAUGUAUUUUGGAGUUAAAGUUAUGACAUUUUUAAGCACACCCGAAAUUCACAACAAUCUCGCAUUAAAAACUGAUUUCAAAAUUGUGUGUGCGAAAUUUCUUGCAGUCGGCUGUUCUGAAAUAAAAAAAAGAUUUGAUUUUGAAAAUAAAAUAUUAAAAGAUUUAACAAAUUUAAAUCCUUCGAAAGCAGUUCUAAGAAAAACAAGGGAAACAAUGCCAAGUUUGUUACCGUUAAUGAAAGCGGUACCUCGUAUUGUUUCUCCAGAACAAUACCAAAGUAUUGAUGACGAGUGGAGGACACUUCCCUUUUUUGAACUUCCGUCAGACAUAAAUAUUAAAGAAAAUGUUGAUAUUUUUUGGGCAAAAUUGGGACGUAUUGAUGAAGGAGACCAAGGGCUUACUUUCAAACACUUAUCAAAGUUUUGUCUUAAUGUAAUUUCACUUCCCCAUUCCAAUGCAGAAUGCGAACGUAUUUUUAGUACGGUAAAUCAAAUCAAAACCAAAUCUAGAAAUAAGAUGAUUAACGAAACGUUGAAUGGCUUAAUUUUGGCCAAACAAAGGGUAAAAAAUUGCGUUCAAUAUGAACCUUCAAAUGAAUAUAGUUAUAUGACGAAAUCCCGACUUUACCCAAAUAAGAAACCGAAUAAAGACGCUAAUAAGUCUAAAAAAAACAUUGCGGAUUUGUACGAGACUGAUAUUUGUAAUAUCGAUAAAAUUAUAUCAAACGAUUUUGAAAUCCUAAUCGCGGAAGAUAUAGGCACAAUUGAUCUGGAUGGAUAAUUAAUCGGAUUUAACUGCUGUGAAAUGGAUUAGUCAUCAGAAGUAAUAAUCGUUAACAGUAUGAUAUUUUCAGUUAAAAAUGAAUUAUUUUAUAAGAUGUUGAGUGACUAAGAGUUUUUAAUUAGAAAAUAAGAAAAGCAAUAUGAAAAACGUAAUUUUAAGUUCGCGAUGUUCUUAAAAUGUAUCCUUUACUAUAUUUAUAUAUUGUUUAUGUAUGUAUAUACAUACAUAUACUUGUGCAAUAAAAAAAUAUGUGAAUUAACAUCUAAAUAUUUUUUAAUCAUUUCCCUAUUAUACUUAAACAGUCUCUAAAUGACUCAUUUAAAUAAAAAAACUUUUCUGCGAAAUUGUACCAUAAUUUUUUCCAAUGUACCAUAAUUUUACGGCCCUGGUACCAUAGACGCCUUCUUUUAGGUUGAGAACACUGGACCAGCAUGACAG